GGGCCUCGGGAUGGUCAGGCAGUUGCGACCGUGGGCGACGCUUUUCGCUUGUACUUGCAUAUGCCGUAGUCAUUACGGCCCCAUUUCUUCAUGUUGACGUGACUCAUCUGUUCUUUCGUUACUCUAACUUCUUGUUUGUACUUAUAGAUUGAUUCUCUUUCUUUCACAGUUUCUUCAAUAAGGUACUAGUAUCAAAGCGGAGGAAUUCUUGGUGGUGGAGCUUGAUGUCGCCCCCCCACAUCGUGUGGCUCUGUACGCAUUUGCAGAAAGGUGGAAGUGGAUCUUGCUGAGUAAGAAAUAAAAGGCAAACUGACACAAUUUAUUCUAUCAAGAUACGUAUUUUAGGUUGUUGUAUCAACAAUCAACCUGAAGCUGAAUCGUCAUGUGAAAGUGAAGAGUCCACAACCUAACCUCAACAGCAAUCUGAGUUGUUUCAUUUCGAAAUCCGCAAAAUGGCGCCAUUUUUGCUCGCGUCCACCGCGAGGCCGCAUUCAUCGAGAUCGCGAAAACGCUCGACAGCACAAACCAAGAUUUUCGGGAGGAGCUGAUCGAACAGCUCCGGAGCCGAUCCGCUCUUACUAAGACGAUCGAGAAGAGCAUCGACAAAAACAAGAAAGCGAGACACGACGACAGCUGCCUUCGUGGCCUCCUGAUGGACCGCGGCUUUCUUGCAAGCCUGGCCGUCGAGGUCACCAUGGUGAGUCCCUAGUACCUCGCCAGAACCGUGCCGUCGCAGUACUACGUGCUGCGGUACGUGAGGCCGGUUCGCAUCGAGCAGUCGGCUGGCGGUGUUAACCAAGUGCGAGAAGACCCGAAUCGGUCACCUGGACCUGACGCAACGUGUAUUGCAUGGCAUGAGGGGACCUUUCAGUUCGAGCUGGUCGUGCUGGCUGGGCUGUGUGGAAAGGGAAAUCUCUCGACGAUGCGCGGCGAACUCGUGAAGAAAAUCGAGAACAGUACGACGUCAGUGCAAGAAUUGAAACUGAGCCUCCUACGAAUUCCCCGGCAAGGAGGUGGUGGUCUACAUCAAGAACACGAUGAGGCCGCGGCGAGGCCGUUGACGACAAGUUCUAGUUCUACAACAGAACAAGUCAUAAGUUCUACAUCAUCAAAAAAUGGCGUUGCCUCCAGCACGAUCACGGAAGCUCGCGCGCAGGAUAUCGAGUUGACGCUCGAGCAACAGCACGCCGUGCAUACAGAAGGCCCAUUGCUACUUCAUGGUCAAAGCGGAACAGCGAAGACGACGCUGCUGCAGCACCGAGCACUCGAGCACGAAGACAAACAGAAGGGCUUGGCGUUGUUCACCUCGAUGAGCCCCUUCCUCGUGCGCUCCAUCGAGAAUUCCUACAAGCGUUUAGGCGGGACCGCGCUUGCGAAGGAGGGCCGUGGCGGUCAACUCGUCACCUCUCUGUGCGAACUACAGACGUCAGCCAGCCGCGGCGCACUUUUUCUCUCAUUCGACGAAUUCCUCCGCCUGCUCGAUCAGUCAACCCCUGUCGGCAGGUGAAAUCUUCUUUAUUAUAUCGCAGUUGAGAUCAAUUCCUUUCUUUAUCUUUCUCUUCUCUUCUUCUUUGUUUUUCACUUGUUUGUUUCUUUAACAAAAAACCGAAAAGGGAAAACAGAUGACCGAAAAAGAAGGAAGGAAACCGGGAUGCGAUUGCUUUAAAAUUGAACAAAGAAACCAAAGGCUUAGAUGCUCCCGCGCUUCGUCGCGUGCCUCUUUGCUUCCCACACUAAAAGGCUAACAAAAACUGUACAGUUUUGACGUUGUUGCUCCCAAGGGGAAUUUUCGUGUGUGUCAUGCAUGAUGGAUGACGUUACUGAUGAAGAAAAAGUUUUUUAUUAAUGAAUAAGGAUAAUAUUGGCAAUCGAAUUUUCUUUCGAGAUGCCCUCAGAUCACGAUACGAGUCAGAAGUUUUCUACUCAACAGAAGUGCACUCUUCCCUUACUCAUCCUUUUCUUUCCCUUAUCCUCCUCUUGAUCUUCCUCUUUGGUGGUCCUGCUCCUUUUUCUGCUAUAUUUAUCGGCGAACAACAUGGUCUCUCGUACUCGUUUGUCAAUAUCGAUAUUCCAGACACAAUGCAAUUCAAAUGCACAGAUGUAACACUACCACCUUCUGGUGUCUAAUGAAGUACUAACUAAUACGAAGUUCUGAUCUUCAACUUCAUCUACAUCUUCGAUCUUGUGAGGUUGAUUCAUCCGUAGCUGCCACCAUGGAUGAGUUCGUUGGAACAAGAAAACUGCGUGACCCCAAUCAAUCAGAUCCAGAUCCCAACAACAACUCCAGGCGCUUCUACGGUGACACGGCGUUCCAGUGGUGUCAUGUCGGUGACCGGCUCGGAAAAACUUUAAGUGGAGGCAAAGCGCGGCAACCUGUUGGACACGGCAGUGAGGUUACCUUUCAGCGACACGGAAAAAAUCCUUUCCCGGAACCACUACGGCCGAGGAGGCCUACCGGGUUAUUCUGGAAGACAGGAGGAAAUGUGUCUUGGAUUUUUUGGCAGGAACGAACGAGGAGGGAGCCGCAGCUAGUACUACGCCGCAACAACUUGAAGAGAUUGCUACAAAACAAUGGCUCUUCAAGAGCAAACGCCAGCCCUCCCGAAAAUGAAUGCUAG